AUUGAAACUGAUAUAUUGGUUCUUUGCUUAUAUUUUAGGUGAUUGUUUUGGUUGGAUGGGGGAAGGCUGUGGAUCCUGGUUUCCUCGGCAAUUUGAUUGGCAAUCACCCUACGUAAAUUCUUUGGCUGCUCCUCUUCCUUUGGGGCAUCAAACUUCAAUUCCUGAUUUUAUAAAUCCUAGCAUUAGGAUGGCCUCUACUGCCUCAGGGGCUGUGCCUGUUUAUACAAAUACUGAGCUACCUCAUUUGCAGGUUGGCCAAGUUAAUGAACCACGUGCUUGGUUUUAUUGUUUACCCCACUUUCGACAGGCUUUAACGCCUGCUUCAAACCCCAUCCCAAAAGAGCAACUCCUUGCUAGUGCUUGUGAUAAUUAUAGGGAGGUUGCUGCUCCAAAGGCAGGGUCUGAGUGUACUCAGAAGAGAUUCCUUGUUUUUGAUCAAUCUGGCGAUCAAACAACCUUGAUCUUCAGUCCUGCUUUUGGCACUGCUGUCAAGUGUCUGAAUUCUUGGAGUCCAAAACAGCUUGGUGCCUAUAAUCCAAAUGGGGAGGAUCCUAUAGGUAAAGGAGAUCUGAAUCUCCACACGGGAUCAAUAUCAAUGGAUGCAUUUGAUGGAAAUGGCACUGAUGUGCAAAGUGAAAUGCACGAGGACACAGAAGAACUGAAUGCAUUGCUUUCCUCUGAUGAUGAUGAUGAUAAUUGUACUGAGGAUGAUGAAGUUUCUAGCACUGGUCAUUCGCCAAGUACUAUGACUGCUCACAACGAGCAAUUUGAGGGAAGCACUGAAGAGGUUGCCAGUUCUGGCGGAACAACUAAAAAGAGAAAACUGUCUGAUGGGGGUAAUGAGUAUGCUCCAUUCCUUUUGGACACUGCAUGUUUUAUGAAACCCAGGCUAUCCUCCGAAUACGAGGAUGAUGCUGAAUCGAGCUGUGCCAAUGGCAAAAUCACACAAUCUGAUGAACUCAGUUCAUUAUCGAGCAAUAAGAGAGUGAGAAAAGAAAAAAUACGUGACACAGUGAGUCUUCUGCGCAGCAUAAUUCCAGAUGGAGAGGGCAAAGAUGCAAUCAUGGUCCUUGAUGAAGCCAUCGGUUACUUGAAAUCCUUGAGACUCAAGGCAAAGGACCUGGGACUAGGUACUGCAUGAGUUGCCGCAUUCCUCGCUAGUUAUGGUAAUUAUAGCUCCUGCCAUUUAUAGCUUCUGACUAGAUAUUUCUUAACGGAGUGUGUGAAAUAAGCCAGGUAAAUAUGGUUGCUUGUGGCUGUGGAGUUGUGUAGAAUAAACUCUCCAGGAGAGUGUGUAAAUUGGGGAAGAUGGUUGAGAUUGAGAGAUAUUGAAUCCCUUCUGAAAGUCUUAUGUCAAUGAUCGAGUUUGAAACCAAUUGUUUUGACUUGUGAUCUCUCGUCUCUAUAGGAUGGAGGAGAGGUUAGCAUAUCAAUGUCUCAAUGAAGGGUGGUAAGUCAUUAGUCUGUGUCAUGGGGUUUUGAGAAAGUAACUCUUAAGACAACCGCGCAUGAGGGUCGGCUAUGUGAAUGUGAAGGCUGUUUAUACUGGAGGGACCCCUUGAAGAGGUUGAGUGCAUGUCUUGGGACCCAGUCAUUACUUCCUCCACUCCAUUUGUAUUCUUGUUAUGUUUUCGUCCAUGUGGGAUCGCUUUCCUUUGAUGUAGAAAACUGCACAAGUGAGAACCUUCUCUAUAUCAUCAUGCAACCACUUGAUGAAGUGGCCCCAUUAAAUUACCUUCUCACUCGUUCACUCAUUGGACCGUGCCAUGCUAUCAUGUGACCACCAUAUCCUCACGGAUCUAUCUAAAUCUGUUUGGUAUCAUGGGGGCGUUUAUUCUUCUGUACUUUGGUUGUGUAAACAUUUGUAUUAAUCUGUUGGUUCGCUGCUAUCUUUACUGCUGUUUGUGCUGUUGUUCUGUUGUUGAAUUUUGCUAUAGACACUAGACAUGUUGGUAUCGUGGUUGGAUGUUAUUUAUAAUAGCUUGGUGUUGCUGUUGUCUUUACG